UUACGUCAGAAAUUAUAUAGAGAAGAAAAUGAUGAAUAAAAUAUAUUAAGGUUAUGUUCAUUAAUGGCUGAUAAUAAAUUGGAAACGAAAUCAACUUCGUAUAAAAAGAAUCCCAAAAAAUCUUUAAAAGAUCAUACACGUCUUCCGAGACCUCCAAAGAAAACAGAGACAGGAGAAAACGUUUUAUACGUUUCUUCCAAAACCAAUAUUAAGGCACAACUUGAUAGAUGUAACAAGUUAUUAAAUAACAAGCAUGACGAAAUUAUUAUUUAUUGCAUGGGAGCAGCAAUACAGAGAGGGAUUUUACUAGCUCUACAGUUGUGCGAAGAGCAUAUCACCUACAAAGUCUCUACUAGCACUCUGACUACUGAACUUUUAGAUGACUUAGAGCCAUCUGUGGAUGAUGCUGAUUAUGAAAUUCAGAAGAGAUUCAACUCUGCACUAAGAAUUCGAGUAUAUAAUUCACAACCAACACUGUCCUGAAAUGUUUUUUACUACAGAAGAACUAAUCCGUUGGCUGGGACUUACUGUCUUUGAGCUGUGGAUAAAUUUGAUAUCCCUUUUGCUGUUUACAAUUAUAUUCGCCUUAAAAUAUAACCCUGCAUUAGAUCUAGAUAGUAUAGACUGGUGGUUCAUAUUUUUUCCCUUGUUCGCAGGAGAUGCACUGAAUGCAUAUUUUGUUAUUAUAAUUUUUAUUCGUAUGCUUCUAGAGACUACUUUAAAGUUUGCUCUAAUACGUUUUAGUUGGUCAGGUACAGUACUUCUUAAUAUGUUUUUGUUUAAGUAUUUAUUGUGUAAAAGACUUUUGGGACAAACUGCAUUGGAUUACUCCGAGGUGUUUGCUCCAGUAUAUAUUCUUCUACAAUUAAUUGCUGUGCGAGCUUGCCAGCAAAGUUAAUAUUUGUGAUGUAUAUAAGCUAAUAUAUAGUUAAUAAAUAUGUACUUUAUAAA